AUGAAAACCCUUGAAGAAGAUGAACUUUGCUUUCCACAACUCCUCAACUCCUCCUGCAGGAAGACCAUGCGUCCUCACUUUGAAUCCAUGCUCAUUUACAUUUUACUGUUCUCCAUCUCUCUGCUCACUGUGACUCUCAACCUGCUGGUCAUCAUCUCCAUCUUUCACUUCAAGCAGCUCCAGACGCCCACCAACCUCCUCCUCCUCUCUCUGGCUGUCUCAGAUUUCUUCGUGGGCCUCAUCAUGUCCUUUCAUACUGUGCUCAUAGGUGGCUGCUGGUUCCUUGGUGAUCUCAUGUGUACCGUGUUUCAGUAUCUAGGAUUCAUUGUUACCUCUGCCUCAGUAGGAACCAUGGUGCUCAUAUCUGCUGACCGCUAUGUGGCUAUUUGUGAUCCCCUACAUUAUCCCACUAAAGUCACACAAAAAACAGUUACGAUCUGUGUUUGUCUGUGUUGGAUAUGUUCUGCUUUCUGUCACACUCUGAUGCUGAAGGAUAACCUGGAACAACCAGGCAGGUAUAAUUCCUGCUCUGGAGAGUGUGUCAUUGUCAUUAACUACAUUGCUGGACUUGUAGAUCUUUUUUUGUCCUUUAUUGGUCCUGUUACUGUCAUCAUAGUUCUGUAUAUGAGAGUAUUUGUGGUGGCUGUGACUCAGGCUCGUGCCAUGCGGUCUCAUAUUGCAGCUGUCACUCUCCAGUAUUCAGUGAGAGUAACUGCUAACAAAUCGGAAAUGAAAGCAGCCAGGACUCUUGGUGUUGUUGUAGUCGUGUUUCUAUUAUGCGUCUGCCCAUAUUUUGGUGAUGCACUAACAGGCCAGGACACCUUGCACAUUGUUUUUCUGUUCUAUUUCAACUCCUGUCUUAACCCUAUGAUCUAUGCCUUUUUUUACCCCUGGUUUAGAAAAUCUAUUAAGCUCAUUGUUACACUUAAGAUACUGCAGCCUGGCUCCUGUGACACCAACAUGCUGUAAAGAGACGCUGCAUGUUGGCCAAAAUUAGACAGAAAAUUGUAUUUGGUCAAGGUGGUGAGAAAUUGAAUAACAGGUGUAAAAGUCUGGAUACAGUGACCUUUGUAUGAUCACUUUUACAUGCAGAUCAUAUGUGUCAUUAUAUUGUGUAUGUACAAUAUACUGUUUCAUUUUCAAUGCAAAGGGAAGCUACUGAAAAAUCUACUCAUACUUUUUAAGUUGUGUCUGUCUGCCAAAACGUUCUGUCAUAAACUGACUUUUUAUACAGUUUAAGGCUGCUUUCUGCUCAGCAUGUU